UGUUCCGUGGUGUCCAGAAGCACCUUAAAUCAUUCAUAAACAAAACAAUCAUUCCUGGGAUCUAUAUAGGCCUACAUGGUAACAUUUAUAUACAUAGUAGCUCUAUAUAAAGCUGUUGCAUAUGUCACAUCUGACAGAAGCGCGCGCGCUUUCAGCAAGAAUCACGGAAGAAGGGGCGUUGUGUAAAUACAGUUUUACUGCUCGCUAGAGAUCAGAUCAGAUCAGAUCUGAGACUGUCGUCAGUCCGGUUUGAGGUGGAGACGGAGUUGAGUUUAACGCGUAAAAUGAUCGCGUGUGUGCUGUUAAACAGACUGAGAUCCGCAGCAGCUGUGAGCUGCAAACUGACGCGCACUGAUCGCGUCCGACGCGUCGCGUCCUUUCAGCGUUCAGCGCGAUUUUACAGUGCGUUCAUGGCGUCUACAGCUCCGAUCUUCAGACAGCUGUUUGAAGCUGAAAGCAGCACGUACACAUACCUGCUGGCUGACACAGACACCAGAGAGGCCGUGCUGAUCGAUCCCGUGCUGGAAACUGUGGAUAGAGACCUGAAGCUCAUCACUGAACUGGGCCUGACGCUCAAAGUCGCCUUAAACACUCACUGUCAUGCGGAUCACAUCACUGGGACGGGACUGCUGAAGAAGAAGGUGUUUGGACUGAAGAGCGCCAUCUCCAAACACAGCGGAGCCGCAGCAGACAUUCAGCUCUCAGAUGGAGACCGCAUCACUUUUGGAAAACAUAAUCUGACGGUGUUGGAGACGCCUGGACACACAGACGGUUGUGUGACGUAUGUCACUGAAGAUCACAGAAUGGCCUUCACCGGUGACACUCUGCUCAUCAGAGGCUGCGGACGAACCGAUUUUCAACAAGGCUGUCCUAAGAGAUUGUACCAGUCCAUCCAUAAGAAGAUUUUCACGCUGCCUGGGAGCUGUUUCAUUUAUCCCGCACAUGACUACAAGGGUCAGACGGUGUCCACUGUGGACGAGGAGAAGAAAUUUAAUCCACGCCUGACAAAAUCACAGGAUGAGUUUGUGAACAUCAUGAACAGUCUGGAUCUACCCAAACCCAAGAAAAUAGAUAUAUCAGUGCCUGCAAACCUGGUCUGUGGACUUCAUGAUGUUUGAAUGUGAAGAACCGAAGACUAUGAUAAACAUGAUGUGAUUUAAUACUGAUGCUUUACUGCUACAGCGCAUAUACAUGUUCUACAGUAAUUGCCUUUAAACCAAAGUGAGAUUAUUGUUGCAUUCAUUGAGCUGGAGUGAUGCGGGUGGAAAGGAACGAAGGUGUCUUCAUCUUCCCGUCAGAUGAAUGCUUUUGAACUCAUCAGAUAUUGUGGCCCUAUUCUAUAAAACAGCCCUGAAUCAGACAACAGAAUGAUGGAUAUUCCUCUUCUCUAUGGUACACAAACACUUCACUUCAGAAAUGAUUUUAUGCUUGAGAUAAUCAGAGUGCAACUGCAAUCUUAAAGUUAUUUGUAAUCUUAAUUAGAUGUAAAACUAAUGUCAUGAUUUAUUAAGGGAACUAUCACAUAAUUCAUAUUU